AUGAAUAAAAUCUACGAAGAACUUUUUGGAUCAUCUUUGUCAGACAUGGACAGUCCAAAGAAAAUAAUAAAAGUUCAAAAGGAUAUCAACAAUAACGUUGAGGAAUCAAAGAACAGCAAAUAUUCUAAAAGCUCAACAAAAGUUAAAUCUGAAGUUGAGAAGAAGAGUUUCAGUAAACGAAAGAAUGAAGACAAUUUGGUUAAAGAGAAGACAAAGAAAGCUAAAAUUGAUGACAACUGUUUAAAAAAGACAGAAUCAAAAGCUAAACAAGACAAAGUCCCAAAAGACAAGACUUCUUCAACUAAACAUCAGACAUCAAAAAGUACAAAGCACAGUGAGAAAGUAAACUCAGAAGACAAGCCAAAGAAUGAAAAUUCACACAAAUCAACCGAAAAGGUCGUGAAAGAAUCAUCUCGAAAUAACGAAGCUAUUGAAAAGCAAAAGACAACCGUUAAAGACAAGGCAGAGAAACUCGUUACGAAAGAUGAAAAAUCGAAGAGUCAAAAGACAGAAAAGAAAUCGACCAAAGAUUCAAAAUCAAGUAGAACAGAAUCAGAGCAAAAACAAAAGUCAAGCUCAAAAAGUAGCAAAGAUACAGACAAGAACAAAAAGGUUGGAAGCAAAUGUAUCAAAGAAUCAACUGUGGAAGACAAACUUAAACCAGUGGAUAACAAAACUAAAUCAGCUAAAGCCGUUGACAACACAAAAACAGAAAAUGAGGAACAUCCGAAAAUUUAUGGAGGCAAGCUUCAAAACUUCAAUAAAAUGUACAACUCAAUGAAGAGCAACGAAGAGUUCUCAUCUGAUGAGAGUUCAGAUGAAGAGUCAACUUCAGAAGAAGUCAAGAACAACGUCAUUCAGCCAAAACCUAAAGUCAUCGUCCCAGUACCUGAAAGAAUUGAAUCGUCGACCACAAAACCGCUUUUUGGUCUACCUCGAAGAAUUGAAGACAGCAGCUUAAUUGAAGAUAAGGAACUAGAUGAGAGAUUAAUAAGACUUUAUGGAAACUUCCAGACAUCAACUUCGUUCCUUCAUGUAUCUCAGCCAACUGAAAGGAAGCCUCAACAAGUGAUAAAUCCAAAACAAAUUGGGAAUAUCCAAGCAGACUUCAAAGUUCCACAACCAGCUACAACUAGACUUCCAAAGAGAAAGUUUGAAGAGAUUCCAGCAAUUAGAACAGAACCGAAACCAUUUUCAGUUACAAAACCAGAAAGCUACAGUUUCAACAGGCAAAAUCCAAAGGCAUUUGGUGCAUCACAGAAGACAGCAAAAGGAGGCAUUGAAGUAUCUAAUACAACAACUCUAAACCCAAAGAAGGAAUCAAUCCCACAAAAUGCAUUCCAAAGACGAAUGAUGAACGCGAACUCAAUCAAAUCGUCCAUCCAAAGAUGCAACAAAGUCAAAGUUCCACAAAAAGAUACAUCACCAGCCCAGCCAGCACUUAAAAAAUUCAGAGACAUCGAGUCAGAAAACAUUUGGGCAAAAUUAGACGAAUUUUACAAAAUUCCCGAAUUAGUCCAGCCAAUCGAUGGACUAUUGACGAAAAUUGACAAAUUCUACAGCGUUCCAGAGUUGCUGAAGCCAAUCGAUGAUCAGUUUGUGAAGAUUGCCGAAUUCUACAGAAUUCCAGAGUUGGUACAGCCAAUUGAUGAUCAAAUUGUGAAGAUUGACGAAUUCCACAGAAUUCCAGAGUUGGUGCAGCCAAUUGAUGGAUUUUCAACUGAAUACAAAAAGAAGGCAGACAAGAAGAUCCAAAAGAUAGGACAUGCCACAAGAUUUGCUAAAGUAAAGACACCAGCUAAAGUAAAGACACCAGCUAAAGUGAAGACACCAGCUAGAGUAAAGACACCAGCUAAAGUGAAGACACCAGCUAAAGUAAAGACACCAGCUGAAGUAAAGACACCAGCUGAACCAGUUGUUAAUAAUGUCGUUAAUCCAGUAGUAAAAACAGCAACCAACUUAGUCAAUGACAUAGCAAAAUUCACCAUCAAUGAGAUUCUCAACUUUAAAUCAUUCAAGUCUUUAUUCAACAAAGUCUACGACACCCUUGAACUUGAGAACAUCGCACUCUUAAAUUUCCUCAUAAAUCAACGAGACGUCGAUGAACACAAUGCAAAAUAUGAAGUCGGUCAGGUGUCAUAUCGUCGUGCAGUUUGUGAAUACUCAGACAUGUCUACAGACGACAUGAACAAGUAUGUCAAUAAGUUUCACAUGCCUAUAAUGAAGAGAAACAGGAGAAAGAAAAAAGUGAAAAUUGUGAAUGAAGAAAAUGCGGGAAAUGAAGUUGAGGAAGUGGAAGUUGAAGGUUUUAAUGAUGUGGAGGAAGCUGAGGAGUAUGGCGGGGUUGUUGGUCCAAUCUUAAACUUAUUCGGAGGAUUGAAGACAAAAAAGACGCAGAAAGAUGCAGAAAGAGUUGUUCCUGUAUUGAAGGAAGAUAAAUCAACCGUCGGUACAAAAAAUAGAUUAAAGGUUGACAGAACAAGGCCGAAAAAGAAGCCUGUUGAUGAAGAUACUGACCCAGCAACAGAAUCCGGUGUUGAAGACAUUUAUCCUGAUAAAACAGCUUACCAAGAAGACUAUACAGCACCUGAAGACAAUCUAGACUAUCUAGACGACUACCAAAGACCAAACCUUCCAGUUGCUAAUGAUCUUAUAAAGUACUUAUCAAUCCACACCCCAAGCGACCUCCUCAACUACGUAACUGAUGGAUUUAACACAAAAGUUCUAAACCAAGGACUUUGCGGAUCAUGUUGGAGUUUCUCAGCUGCUGCAGCAAUUGAAGCUGCAUGGUUCAUUAAAACAGGUGAAAUUGUCAAAUUAUCAGAGCAGCAACUGAUUGACUGCAAUAGAAACAAAGACAAUGAAGGCUGUGAAGGUGGAAAUAUGGCAAAUGCAUUUACUUAUGUCCAAAAUAAUGGCGGGAUUUCGUUAAGUUCACGAUAUCCAUAUAAAGGAAAUGACACUUAUAGAUGCAAGUUUGUGUCACCGGACGUAGAAGUUAUAGAUCAUCAACUUUUGGAUCCUGGCGAUGAAGAUUUGCUACUUGAAAUGUUAAUUGAGCAUGGACCAAUUGCUGUUGCUAUUGAUGCAAGCUUAAAGUCUUUUCAGACUUACAAAUCUGGAGUUUAUUAUGAUCCAAAGUGUACUGAUAAAGUUAAUCAUGCGAUGCUGCUUGUUGGCAAUAAAAUGUUAAAGGAGCUUUUUGGAAGAUUUUGCUUUUGCUAUGACUUGACCAAAGGAAAUCUCAUAUUUGCCUGGAUUCAGUUGCUGUCAAGUAUAUCAUUUGCAGUGCUUAUGAUUGUACUUUUAUUGGGACAUAAAACAAUUUUUCUGGAAGUGGAUUUGAUUACUUUUAAGAUUAUUUGCUUCCUGUUCCUUGGUAUGUGCAUGAUUAUUGGGAAUAUUUGCUUUCACUUCAUUCACGGCACAUUGACGCAAAAUGCGAGGAUAAUGACACCAUACUUAAUCUUUGGAAUCUUUGAAAUUGUUUUUAUUGCUGCUCUCGGCAUCUUGGCGCCAUUGUUGUUCAUCAUUGUUGGAUUUUUGGUGUACUUUUACAUCUGUGCGUACGCUUUGUACAUCAAUGUUUCGGAAAAUCAAGAAACUGUGAUUUAUAAGCAGGAACCGGCCAAGAAAGGUGUCUCGUUUAAGGAAAUUUAAGAAAUUUUUUGAUGUUGUGCUGCU